AUGGAUAUGAUGGUUAAUUCGAAUGAUAUUUUGAGCUGCAUCCCUGAGAUCAUCACUAUGGAUGAUAAUCUGGCUUUAAUGGCUGUCCCAUCUAUUGACGAAAUCAAAGUGGCUGUCUUUGAUUUAGAUCCUCUUAGUGCCCUUGGUCCAGAUGGUUUUCCUGGGAUUUUCUACCGCUAUUGCUGGGGCAUUGUGGGUCCUGAGGUGUGCUUGGCUGUGCAGAAUUUCUUCUCAGAGAUCGUUGCCAUGCGGAUCUCUAUCCUUCUUCCUAGAUUGAUUUCUGAGGAGCAAGGCGCUUUUCAAAGGGGCAAAAUAAUCUCUUCCAAUAUUUGCAUGGCCUCUGAACUUGCAAAUUUGAUGCACUCUAAAUCCUUUGGUAGAGGAUUGGCUUUAAAGCUUGAUAUCAAGAAGGCAUUUGAUAAUCUUGAUUGGGUAUCUUUGUUUGAUGUGAUGCACAAAUUUGGGUUCUCCCAGCUCUUUAUUGACCAUUUGCACCAAAUUUUUCUAUCUUCAAAAUUAUCUGUUCUUAUAAAUGGUGGCCCUGUGGGAUUCUUUGGGUUGGGACAUGGCCUUCAUCAAGGGGACCCACUUUCUCCCAUCCUUUUUAUCAUUGCUGAAGAGGUCUUUUGUCGCGGUAUCUCGCUUCUUAAGAUGGAGAAUAAAUUCUACUCCCUUCCUGGUCCAAGAAAUGUCUUUUCCCCAUCUCACUUGCUUUAUGCCGAUGACAUUUUUGUCUUUAUUAUUGUAGAGCUGACAUUUAAUGAAGUUUUUGGACAAGUACCAAAGGUACUGCGUUCAGGUUAUCAGUAUGGAAAAAAGCAGGGUGAAAAGAGAUUUUCUCUUGAAAAAAUCUCCACUCAUAGGAAAAGGCGUCUCAAAGAGGUUAUUAAUAUUCCAGAAUGCAAGCUCCCCACUCGCUACUUGGGAGUGGAAAUUUUCAGAAGCAAGUUGAAAAGAGAUUUUCUCUUACCUUUAGUGGAUAAAUUCAAGUCAAGGCUGUUUCAUCUCUCGAAAGAACCUAGAAGUGAGUUAGAGCUGGGAAUUCUUGAAGUAGUGAGGAAAUCAAUGGAUCUCAUUGAGAAAGAGAGUGCAGAGGAGUUGUUCCAUGCUCAAGCUCAUAUAUGGAACCAAAUGUUGGCCUUCAUAAACUCUCUGUCACUUAAAUGUGCAGUUGAGCUAGGCAUACCGAACAUUGUCUACAACCAUCAGCAACCCAUCACCCUCCCUGAACUAGUCAAGAAGCUUGCCAUCCUAAAGACCAAGACUGCUUGUCUGUUGCGCCACAUGCGCUUAUUGGUGCACUUUGGCUUCUUCUAUCAGCAAGAAGAAGGAUAUGUGCUCACACCCUCUUCUAGGCUCCGCCUUAAGGAUACUGGCAAGAGUGUAUCACCCUUCUUGCAAGCAAUACUUGAUCCGAUCUUGAUAACACCUUGGCAUUUCCUUAGUGCAUGGUUCCAGGGAAAUGGUCUCAAUCCAUUCAAGACUGUGGAUGGGAAGACCCUCUGGGGCUAUGUAGGGGAAGACAGUGAGCUCAACAAAUUCUUCAACAAAGCAAUGGCAAGUGACGCUCGAUUGGUGAUAAGUGUGGUUGCUAAUUUGGAAGGGAAGGGUUACAUAGCCUCGGUACUCGAUGUUGGGGGUGUGACAGGAACUGUGGCUAAGACCAUUGUUGAAACCUUCCCAAGCUUGAAAUGUACAGUGUUAGACCUACCUCACGUGGUUGCUAAUUUGGAAGGGAAUGAGAACCUAACUUAUAUUGCAGGUGACAUGUUUGAGUCCAUCCCUCCUGCAGAUGCUGUUCUGCUCAAGUGGAUUUUGCAUGACUGGACCGACGAGCAAUGUAUAAAGAUAUUGAAGGGAUGCAAAGAGGCGAUCUCCAGCGGGGACCGGGAAGGAAACCUGAGGAAGGUGAUCAUCAUAGACAUGGUGGUGGAGGAUAGGAAGGAAGAGCACAAGUUUACAGAAACGCAGCUCUUUUUUGAUAUGUUAGUUAUGACUUUGGUCGUUGGAAAAGAAAGGACCAAGAAAGAAUGGGAGAAACUUUUCUUGGAGUCUGGAUUUACUCACUAUAAGAUCACUCCUCUCUUGGGUUUGAGAUCUCUCAUUGAAGUUUACCCUUAAUGGCUACAUGAAUUAAACCAUUUUAGAUAUUGUCAUGUAAGUGAUAUCUAUAAUAAGCUUUUACUGGGGCUCCACUUCAAUAAUGGAAUAGCCGUACCAGCUUUUGUUUUUGGAUUUUGUGGGAAAUUUUGUUGGCUGGAGUAUUUCCUAUCUGGUGGCCUGGACCCGGUUUAGUGCUGUCACUUGUUUGUACUUC